AUGGCUGCGACCGAUGACUCCCUCGAAACGUACACACACCUACCCCUUCAUAUCGACCCGCAGACGAAACAAAUCUCGAUUCUUUCCUCGAACAAGGACCUACAACAGGCUGUCGCCAACAUAAACAGUCUGCAUAACUCAUUCAAGUCUCUCGAGACUCCCAAUAACAUCCCCCCACCCCCUCUUCCUGUCAACCCGAAACGGUCCGGCCAAAUCCAGAAACUGCGCGAAUCGGCCGUGGCCUCUGCCCGUAAAGGCCAGCAUCAAGACGCGAUCCGACUCCUGGGCGUCGGCAUAGACAUGGCCGCUGCACGACCCGGCUGGGAACCUAUGGGCUUGGCAAGAGAGGAGCUGGCUCUCAUGUACCUCUCGCGGGCGGGCGCACAUGUCGAUAUCCAGAACUGGCCCGAGGCUCUGACCGACGCGAUGUGCAGCAUCGAGUGCAAGCGAGGACCGGGCCAGGGUCCAAACGGAGAGAAAGUGCCCGGGAAUGCAAAAGCAUAUAUCGUGGGAGGAAGAUGUUUGAUGGAAAUGGGUCGCUGGCAAGAUGCUGUGGAGUGGCUCGAGAAGGCUAUUGAUAUCGAAGGCAAAGAUGGUGACGAUGGUCGCGAACUCGUGCGGCGGUUGAUGGAGGCAAAAAAACGGACUGAACCAAAAGACUGA